GGUUCAGGUGUGUGUAUAUAAAGAGCACGGUAGCCUCCUGUCAUCACUGCACCAACAACAACAUCACCUCACAUUUACCUGACGGAACAAUCAGUUGAUCAUCACCAUGAAGACGAUCCUGGUCCUGUCCAUUCUCCUCUGUGCUGCAUUUGCAGCUCCAGCUGAAGACAAAGAGAAGGCUCCAGAAGCAGCAGUGGAGGCCCCGAAGGAACAGAUGGCUGCUGCACCUGCUGUUGAUGUUUCAGAGAUGGACAAGAAGAUGAUGAUGAUGGCGAAAGAUGAGGAAGUAUUUGUGCCAGAAGAUUCUGUCCUGGUUCCCAGAAACGCACAUGUGUUUGAGGAGGCAGCAGCACCUGAAUCUCGUUUUAACUUCUGUCCAGACGGCUGGUUCAGCCACGGCUCUCGCUGCUUCACGUUCAUAAACACUCCCAUGUCCUGGUACAGUGCUGAGGAGCACUGUAACAACAUGGGUGCCCACCUGGCCUCGGUCACCAACCCCAGAGAGUACAGCUUCCUCCAGAGGAUCACACAGACAGCUGGUCAGAGCAUUACAUGGCUGGGAGGCUUCAACCUGCAGGGCCGGUGGAUGUGGAUUGACCGUGAGGGUUUCUAUUACACCAACUGGUACUCUCCGUCCUCUUCCAGCAGCUACCCCUGCAUCUACCUACGCACCACCAAUGGUUGGGGUAACACCCAGUGUGGCUCAACUUAUCGCUUCAUCUGCUCCAAGAGUCCAUUCAGCUGUUAAAAUCCAUACUAAACAUCAGGAGCCUUGGGAUAGAUCAGCUGGGACAUUUUUCUGUUUAAAGCCAAUUCAUGAACUUUGUUGUGUGUCUUACAAUUUUCCCUUGUAUAUUAUUGAAAGAGUUAAUUGAUUAAGUGUUAAGUAACUUUUGUGUAAAACCAUUUCUGUUUGUGAUUGUUGCAGUAGGCUUCUUUUUCAUAAUAAAAACUUGUAGCAAUGGGA